UUACCAUGAGAUGUAAAGAAGCAUAUAGAAAUUUAAAGAGAAGAUAUAGAUUCUAUUUAGAAACCUGUUUCUGAAUAAACAUAUUUAGACUGAAGAGUUUAAUGGAAUAAUUUAGAGUCUGAUAAAAGUUUUCAGUUAAACUCAUUAUAAAGUUCCCUGUCAUCAUUAACUCUGAACAUUUAAUUUCUCUUUGGGAUCAAUAAAGUAGUUUUGAUUCAAAAUUUAAUUUGAAUCAAAAGUUUAAAAUGUGCUGUUUCUUUAACGCGCCGAUGCGUUGCCACGGUAACGGAGUAAACAAUAAUGACUUCCGAAGGUGAGCUGUUGCCUUGGCGACGCGAAAACAAGGAGAAGGACAGAAAAUGUCAGCGAAGAAAAAAGACAAAGUGGAGGAGAAAAAAGACAAAGUGGAGGAGAACUGUGACUCCAUCAAGGAGGAGGAUGAGGAUGAGGAGAAGGAGGAAGAGGAGAAGGAGGAGGAGGAGGAAGAGGAGGAGGACGGCUCCUCUUCAUCCUCAGCCUCUUCAUCCCCGGUGAACCCAGAAGACCCGGUGGUCCAGGACAUCCCGGAGUCGGUGGAGGACUUCCUGCGGAACUUCCUCCGCAAGCUGGGCUUGACCCGGACCCUGAGUCUCUUCGAGCUGGAGUGGCACAGCCGGGCCAGGGGCGGCGGCGGCGGCAUCUUCGUCCCGGACGCGCUGACCCACCGCCAGGCGCUGCUGGAGAAGCUGGAGGCCGUACGCGGCGACGCCGAGCAGCUCCGGAAGCAGGUGCUGACGGCGGCGCAGAGCCUGCUGCGCAUGCAGCAGGAGAGCGACUACCACCGGCAGCAGCACCGGCGGCUCUCCGAGCAGAAGCACGUCCUGACCGGGGACUGCAAGCAGCUGCAGGAGCAGCUGCAGGACUCCCAGGAGGCGCUGAAGCGGCUGCGGGACAAACACGAAGCGGCUCUGCGGACCAAGACGCUCCUCGGGCUGCAGAAAGAGCGAGCCCAGAGGCUUCCGGAACCGGAACCGGAGACACCCAGCAGGAAGCCUCCACCCAGCAGCCCGAGCGGAGCCAUGGAGCCCUGCGGGCUGCCGGCUGGUCCGGAGGCUCCGGAGAAGAGCAGCUUCCAGCUGUUCUGCUCCUUCCGGGCGCACCAGCUGCCCAUCAGCGGCGUGGCGCCGCACCCCGGCAGGCCGCUGCUGGCCUCGGCCAGCGACGACCGCACCUGGAGGCUGUGGGACCUGCCGCGCAGCGGGGAGAAGGUUGCCCGGAUGCUGCUGAUAGGGGAGGGCCACUCUGAUUGGCUGUCAGGCUGCAGCUUCCACCCUGAAGGAUCCAGACUGGCCACAACCAGCGGAGACAAGACGGUCCGACUCUGGGACUUCUCUGCGUGUCGCUGUGUGCUGCUGCUGGCCGGUCACAGCCAGCCCACCUGGGGCAGCUCCUUCCACUCCGGCGGCCAUAUUCUGGCGUCCUGCUCCGCCGACGGGACGGCCCGGAUGUGGGACCCCAGCCGCGGCUGCUGCAGGAUGAUCCUGCGGCGCCACGGUGCCUCGGUGAACAGCGUGGCCUUCCUGCCGUGCUCCGACCUGCUGCUCACCUCCUCCGCCGAUAAGACGGUGGUGGUUUGGGACGGCCGGCUGGGCGUGAGCACCGCCACGUUCCGUGGACACCGCCACCCCUGCAACCACGCCGCCUUCAGCCCCACCACGAACGCCGUGGCGUCCUGUGACUCCAGGGGCACCGUCCACCUGUGGGACACCCGGAAGCCGGCGGCGCCGACGGGUGUCGUGGACGCUGGGCCGCACGCCGCCAACCAGGUGGCCUUCAACCAAUCGGGGAAGCUGCUGGCGGUUGCUAGCGGCGACUGUUUGGUGCGGCUGGUGGAGGCGGAGUCGUGUGGCGUGAGCUCCCUGGCGGGACACAGGAAGAGCGUCCAGAGCGUGACCUUUGACCUCCAGGGUGGGACUCUGAUGUCGGCUGGCAGCGACGGACUGAUCAACGUCUGGCUCUGAUGUUUGGACCAGUCAGAACCGAC